GGAAGCUUCCAGCGACUGCACGCGGUGCCCUCGAAGAAAAGGAAUUCUGCCUUGCUUAGACACAUUGAUAUUGAUGUCUGUGAAAUACUUGGGUCACGUUCUGUAAUUCUCCUUUCUGCUGCUGUCUUGCAGGUGCACACGUUCAGGGGUCCGCACUGGUGUGAAUACUGCGCCAACUUUAUGUGGGGCCUCAUUGCUCAGGGAGUAAAAUGUGCAGAUUGUGGUUUAAAUGUGCACAAGCAGUGUUCCAAGAUGGUCCCAAAUGACUGCAAGCCAGACCUGAAGCACGUCAAAAAAGUGUACAGCUGUGACCUUACAACGCUAGUAAAAGCACACUUCACUAAGAGACCAAUGGUAGUAGAUAUGUGCAUUAGGGAAAUUGAAUCUAGAGGUCUCAAUUCUGAAGGACUGUACAGAGUCUCAGGAUUUAGUGAUCUUAUCGAAGACGUCAAAAUGGCAUUUGACAGAGAUGGGGAAAAAGCUGAUAUUUCUGUGAAUAUGUAUGAAGAUAUCAAUAUUAUCACUGGUGCACUUAAACUGUACUUCAGGGAUUUGCCAAUUCCACUCAUCACGUACGAUGCCUACCCAAAGUUUAUAGAGUCUGCAAAAACCACCGAUCCGGAUGAACAGCUGGAAAUUCUCCAUGAGGCGCUGAAACUGCUGCCGCCUGCACACUGUGAAACAUUACGGUAUCUCAUGGCACAUCUGAAGAGGUAG